AUGUGGACACAAGGACAGCACCAAAACCUUUCUCAAAGCUAUAUCCACAGUGCUGAUUCUCUUCAAGUUCCUCAGAUUUCCAACACUAAGGACCAUCAUGGUGGUGAAUUCUAUGCCUCGUCAUCGUAUAAUCCACAUGAGAUGUCUAGAAAAUCAACCUUCAGUGAAGAAUCUGACAUGGAUUUGGCAUAUCUUCUGAUGACAUUUCCUGGUAUAUCAGAGGAGUCUCUUUCUGAUGUCUAUUUAGCAAACAAAGGUGACCUGGACUCCACAGUUGACAUGCUGAAUCAACUUGAGAUAUAUCCCGAGUUUUCUGAAAAGCUUCCCGACACUUUGGACAUUGGAGACGUGCCUGAGUCUGGAUCCCCCAGUGAGGUAGCGUCUCAGAAUGUGACAGGUAAAGCCGGGGCAUCAACAUCUGGUUCAUCCAUUUCAGCUUUUGCAAACUAA